CGCUGUUUAUUUGUGCGUGUUGCAGAAAUAGCAGAGAGAUCUUGCACAGAGCAGAUAAGUAGUUUUUAUUACAGGGUGGUAUGAUGUUGUGGAGCGUAAUGCUGGGUUGCAGCUCACGAAGAGGAGGAAGCUGCUAUCUGGGAUGGCUUAUGACCUUAACUCUGACCCUGACCCUGCCUCUGGCCUCCCUACAGAUGGACCACCAUGGACACCAAGGACACCCCCUCCAUCCUCACCACCAGGCCACCAGAGGGGCUCGUCCCAAGCUACUGCUGCUGUCCUUUGAUGGGUUCCGCUGGGACUACGUGGACCGUGUCCCCACCCCUAACUUCCAUGCCCUGAUGGAGGAAGGGUCAAUAGUUGAGCAGGUUGAGAACACCUACAUCACUAAAACCUUCCCUGACCACUACACCCUGGUCACUGGGCUGCAUGCCGAGACGCAUGGCAUCGUGGGUAACGAGAUGUACGACCCAGACCUUAAUGCCUCCUUCUCCAUGGAGACGCAUAGCGCCUACGAGCCACGCUGGUGGGCUGGGGCAGAGCCUCUGUGGGUGACCAAUCAGAAGCAGGGUGGACGGAGCGGCGGGGUGAUGUGGCCGGGGUCGGAUGUGGAGAUCGGGGGGGCGUACCCGUCACGCUACCUUCCGUACAACGCAUCGCUGAGCUUCGAGAGGCGCGUGGAGACGAUGGUAGCCUGGCUGAUGGGAGAGAGGCCAGGGGAGGGGGUUCGGUCUGUGCAGGGAGGUGUGGACUUUGGCGUGUUAUACUGGGAGGAGCCUGACGAGAGUGGUCACAACCUGGGCCCAGAGAACCCUCUAAUGGACGCGGUCAUUGCUGAUAUCGACGACAAGCUGGGCUUCCUCCGCAAUGAGCUGCGCAAGAUGGGUCUGUACGAAAGUGUGAACCUGAUUGUGACCAGUGAUCAUGGCAUGACCCAGCUCUCCAAAGACAAGGUGAUUGAGCUGGACCAAUACCUGGACAGAGACCUCUACACCUGGGUGGACAAGAGCCCUGUGGUGGGGAUACUGCCUAGAGAUGGUAAGUUAGAGGAGGUGUACAGUGCGCUGGUUGAGGCCAAUCCCAACAUGGUGGUGUAUAGGAGGGAGCAGAUCCCCGAGCGUCUCCACUACCGUCACAACAACAGGAUCAUGCCCAUAAUUAUCGAGGCCAAGGAGGGCUGGACCAUCACCCAGAACAGAACCACAGGACCACACAUGUUGGGUAACCACGGCUACGACAACACCCUACCCAGCAUGCAUCCUGUCUUGGUGGCGCGUGGCCCCGCCUUCCGUCAGGACUACGUGAAGAGCUCCAUGCGUUCCGUUGACCUCUACCCCCUCAUGUGUCACAUCCUGUCUGUCCGGCCCCGCCCCAACAAUGGUUCUCUAGCCCGGGUUAUGGACCUCCUCUCGGAGCCCUCCCCCCCCACACACUCCACCCCGCUGGAGGGCAGAUACCAGCCUUCCUUCGCCACCGCCCUGGGUGUGGUCCUGGGGGUUGUCAUGGUGACAGGGUUCCUGGUGGUUAUCGUCAAACAGAUGACGCUCCGACAACUACCCAGCAGGCAGAGCGAGAUGGCCCAGCCGCUAUUACUUGAAGAACUACAGCUUUAGAGGAGAGGAGAAGAGGGAGUUAGGAGAAGAAAGUAGGAGGAGAGAAGAAAGUAGGAGGAGAGAAGAAAGUAGGAGGAGAGAGGAGGAGAAGAUGAGAGUUGGCUCCGUACACCGGUAAAGGACAGUAGCUUCAGUGUGGUGGUGGAGGAGAGGAUAAAGUGUGGCUUUGUUCUGAUGGUUAUUUUGUUUAUCUCAUCAGAGAGGAGCAGUCAUAAUAACAAUUAGAACCAAUAGUACACUGGACACCAAGCAUAAUAAGUGAGUAAAUCUAGUAUGUGGUUGAGUUGUUAUGCUAAGCCGUACAGUGACUCAGAGGUUUUAGACCACUGUGGGAUCUGAGUUCAGUUAGUCAGGCUGUUGCUUUCAGUCUUCAAUAGAUCCAUGACUGAUACAGUUACUGCUUUAGUCCAUAUAGUUGUCGUCAUGACUACCACGUUACUACUUUAGUCCAUACAGUUGUCGUCAUGGCUACCACGUUACUACUUUAGUCCAUAUAGUUGUCGUCAUGGCUACCACGUUACUACUUUAGUCCAUAUAGUUGUCGUCAUGGAUACCACGUUACUGCUUUAGUCCAUAUAGUUGUCGUCAUGACUACCACGUUACUACUUUAGUCCAUACAGUUGUAGUCAUGACUGCCACAUUACUAUUUUAGUCUGUAUAGUUGUAGUCAUGACUACCACGUUACUACUUGUUCCUGUUCAGUACUUACAAUUAUCCUCUACUUCAUAGGAGAUCAUCUUUCUAUUAUAUGUGCAAUAAUGUUGUUUUAUAUAUGUUACUGUCUGUAGGGGGCGUGUUUCUGUACAGAUGCAUGUGUAUUGCCCCUAUAAAGUGUUAGAAUCAUAAACCACUAACCAUUCAGGGCUUGACAUUCAGGUACAUUUGUCAGUGGCACACCUUGCCAGUACCAAGUGGAACACUACUGUCCCGAAUGAGAAAAUGACUGGCUGGGCCAAGUUAUGCACACAAUUUGAAUCAUGGGUAAUUUCAUGUUUCAUUUGCAGUCUGGGCAAGUACCUUUUUUAAUUUCUAUAUAGCCAACUAUACAAUCUGAUAUUUACACUGGUUGUUUGGAGAACAAAAGUAAAGCCACCCCUCUCAGUGAUGACAUAUAGCCUUAACCUUUGAAGAAAAUGUCAUAAAUUAGCCCGAUAACAUAUUGUUGAAAUGUAAUAUCUUCAGGCCUAUAUAGCAUAUAUAUACUAUAUAGUAAAUGGUGCUUAUUAGAAGCCAGUAUGCUAUCUUAACAAUAAGCAUUAUCACCUGUAGCCUGAUACAGCAUGGUGACUACAUUAUCACCUGUAGCCUGAUACAGCAUGGUGACUACAUUAUCACCUGUAGCCUGAUACAGCAUGGUGACUACAUUAUCACCUGUAGCCUGAUACAGCAUGGUGACUACAUUAUCACCUGUAGCCUGAUACAGCAUGGUGACUACAUUAUCACC